GGUCAGCAUCUGCGACCAAAACAAAUAUGGCGGCCACAGUCACGACGGUAAACACGUCGAAGCUUUUUGUGUGCUCUCUCCGUCUCUCUUGAUUUUGCCUGUUACCUUCACAUACAACACGUGUUGUAAACUGACAAUUUAACGAGUCAAUUGUUUUUUGGACCAUGCUUUGAACGGAGAGCCAAAGCGAAACCCGGAAAACAAACGGAAGUGUCCGCCUCUCGUUUGAAACUAAACAUCCGCCACGAUUACGCGUGUGUUUACUAUGUUAGCUCGUCGCUUUAGCCGAACAAAUACGAGGAAAAUAUGAAGAUUAACUGCAUCGUCCACUCAACGGAACGAUUCACGGUGUGCUGCCCCGCCUGACACGAAGGACAACGUGAUGUAGCGUCAGCUAGCGUCUGAGGAUCUCGCCCUGAGCAAAGUAAACAAGACAUGGACUUUGGCUUGGAGACAACCCGAGAGCACUGAGAGGUAAACAUCGAGUUAAAGACACACUACCAUGGGUUUGGUGAACUUUGUAGUCGCCACUGUAGGAAAAUGCCUGGACGCCGUCUGCUUACUGCUGGACCUGAAUUUCGUCAUCGUCCACAGCGUGGUGCGGACGAUCCUCGUGGUGAUCACCUUCAUAACCAGCCUGCCCACCCUUCUCCUCAACUCCGUGGUGGAGUUGGGCAACUUAGCCCUGUUUUGCUUGAUGUCACUGGCAGAGGCGACAUCCAACGUAGCCCACGGUACCGUCACCAUGCUGGGGAGCGUGGUGCUGGCUCUGGAGGGGCUGCUGGAGAGCCUGAAGAUGGUGGGUUACCUGUCCAUGCACGUCCUGCUUCGUGGGAAGGAGCACCUGUGUCGAGGUAUGCUGUCUGUGCUGGAGGGCUGUGGCAUUGCUGUCAGUCUGGUGGUCUACUUCACCAACACCGUGGUCAACUAUGCACUCAUCGCCACCCAGAACGUUUACACGGUGGUGGCCAGCGUGUGGCAGACGGUCUCCAGCCCGCUGCAGACUGUGCUGGAGCUGGCGCUGACCUCCUUCACCUUUCUGUACAGCAGCCUGGUUGGGACUUCGGCUUUCCUGUGGUCGCCCUGUAAACUGAUGUUGGACGUUUUGGUCUCGCUGGUUCAGAUGUUUGUCAGCAUCUUCAUACUGAACAUCUACGGUCUCCUGCUCACUGUUACUAUCGCUCUAACCACCACCGCCUACCUGAACCCAGAGCUGACCCGACAGGCUGCUGUGCGAGUUGGAGAUUACAUCAACUUUUUUCCUGCCUUGCACAGACUUAAUCUGGCUUACAACCGCCUCGCCUCAGCCUUGCAGAGCACCCCACAUUUUUUCCGUGGUUCCAUGCAGCGCCUGCGACGAAUAUUCCUUCACCUCUGCCUGCUAGAGAGAGGACUCUGGCAGAAGCUGUCUCGACUCAGCAGCCAGCUAGGUUUGGCUCUGAGGACACAGCUCAGCAGGGACAACAACAGCAGAGUACGCGGCGAUGGCGACCCCAGAGAGGAGAGGCGGGACCCGCCGGAUGGAAGAGCGGGAGAUGGAGCACACCAGGAGCUGCUGGACUUAGUUUUCCCGUCAUCGAGCAUAGACAGACCGCUAAAGAAGCAGUCGUCUUCAGGCAAAGGCGGAAAACCUCUACCUGCUGAGAAUCUGCUGACUCUGCUGAAGGAGCAGGAGGACAGGAAGAAGUGUGUGAUCUGUCAGGACUGCACCAAGACGGUGGUGCUGCUGCCAUGCAGGCACCUCUGCUUGUGUAGCGACUGUACGAACAUCUUGUUGAGGCAGCCCAUAUAUCAACAGAACUGCCCGCUCUGUCGGCACAUGAUCCUCAACACUAUGGAUGUGUAUUUAUGAGAGACCAACAGAAGAGGAUCUGUGGGGGGCGGACUACAUGGAACAUAAGUAUAUAGUACACUAUGUACUAUAUACUUAUAGUAAACGUUUUUUUGCUGUCUGGCAUAUAAGUAAUCAUCAUACUUAACUUUUUCAACUAAAGGAAUAGGAAGUAACAUAAUACUCACACUGUCGGAUGUUAAUCAAACUAAUGUAUAAGAACGGUUUCAUCAUCCUCCACACAGCUGUGAACAGCUCCUGCACGUCCUUUGUGCAUUGCAUUGUGGGAGAGAAUAGUGUUUCUGUCACCUGUGAACACACUAACAUUCUGCUUAGGGUAAGCUUGCGGUGUGGAUUUGGGACACGGCUACAGUCUGUUUUGGCACAAAGAGUGCACCUGUUGAGAUACUCCAGUAUUGCCAUGUUGAGUCUCAGGUCUUGUUGCCAUUGUAACCCGUCAGUGUGCCCCCCCCCCCGCGCACGAUGCUGAAACGUCAACCACCGCUCAUGUCUUAAGAAAUGUUGUGCUUUCAGCGGGCCAAGCUGUGAAGAAGAUAAAACUGUGCUUUAUUGCAUGAGUAUACGACUGAUUCCUCACACGCUGUAUGUAUGAAUGAAUGCAGUGCGUGUAUAACAUUUAGAAACACUUCUGUACAUGACAACCACUACUCACAGAGCCACGUAAAGACGGUUUUCUGUAUUUAAGGAAAGUGUAUUCUUCCAGUCAGGCCUGAUAGAAUACAGCUUUAUUCCAGUCAUUUGUUCUAUUGAUGGAGCUUGUUCCAGUCUUCCACCAACACAUAAUCCAUAGCAGGUUCUCCCUUUCCUUUUUGUCAUUUUAAUAAGACAUAGAUUUCUGUUGUGUAAGAGGACCAUAACCUAAUAACGCUUUACAAUUUCAUUUGCUUUUUUUUUUUUUUCCCCAUUUGUUGAAGUGUUGAUAUUGAUUGGUGUUUAAUGUUUACAGGGCAGAGUUGUGACCCUCCACCCUUAUCAUGUGAAGUCAGAUCCAUCAAACCCUUUUCUUUUUUUAUUCUUAAAAUAAUUUGUAUGAUUUGACCAAUUACUGACAAUACAAGAGGCUGUCGGCAUUAUGGACUAUUCCUAAAAUGCCAAUGGCAUUCCUAAUAUAAGAUUUGCAGUGGACUGAAAACUGCUCACCUGACCAUCUCUUGUUACCUGCAGUUUGUAUGACAUGAUGUGGAUUGUUUUUUUUUUAAAUACUAUGACUGCCACAUAACGGCAACUUUUCUGUUUAUAAUAAAACAACGUCUGAAACUC